AUGUCAUCAGAACACUUUAAAUACCCAGUAUUCGGUCAAGUAGAUUACUUUAAAUAUAAUAAUGUUGCAAGUCAACUCGCAUCUCAUACACCAUCACCAUCACAUUCUCAAGAACUUGGUGCAAAGAAGAGAACUGUUGACCCAAUCGUAACAGGUACAUCAGUUAUUGCUAUUAAAUAUAAUGGUGGUGUUGUCAUGGGUGCCGAUACUUUAUUGUCAUAUGGUUCAUUGGCUAGAUUCAACAACAUCGAAAGAAUGAAGAAGUUUGGAAAGAGCACUAUCAUUGGUGCCGGUGGUGAAUACAGUGACUUUCAAAAUCUCUCUCAAGUAUUGGAUGAUUUAGUUGUCGAUGAUGGUUGCACUGAUGAUGGAACAACUUUGAGCACUACUGAAAUUUGGAACUAUAUUGCUCGUGUCAUGUAUAAUCGUAGAAAUAAGGGUGAUCCAUACUGGAAUAGUUUAGUUGUCAUUGGUCACGAUAAUAAUAAGAGUUUCUUGGGCAAGGUUGAUCUUGUUGGUACAUGUUAUCAAGAUAACUUUAUUGCAUCUGGUUAUGGUUCACACAUUGCCUUACCACUUUUACGUAAAGCUUACAAAGAGGAUAUGACCUUGGAUGAAGCCAAGACUCUUAUUCAAGAUUGUUUACGUGUACUUUUCUACAGAGAUGCUCGUUCAUCAAGAUUUAUUCAAUUAUCAAUUGCCAAUGCUGAUGGACUUGUUAUUACUGAACAAAUCGCUUUGGAUACUGACAAGUGGGACAGUGGUGACUCUGCUAAAAAGAAGAAGAAUCAGGAUGGAAGAAAGAAAAAGAAUAAUUAUAGGAAUGAUAGUACCCAAGUAAUACUUGAGUAUGGUCACAAUGUAGUUUAA